CACCCGCCCCACACAUUUACUAUCACUAUAAUACCAAUACGCUCUAAUAGUGUGACUGAUGUGCGGGCGGCAGAGGAGUGAUGAUAGACGCUGCUCGGUGGGAUGCAUGCCACCCUAAUACUGAAAGGUUUAAUCAAUCACGUGAUUUACAGGGGCUGGACUGUGUUGUCAGCAGGGCUGCAAGGGCACGUGUCGCUAAUGCCCUCGCGUACCGACGUCGGAGGUAUAUAUCGUGAUGUCAUAGGGAUCCCGGAUAGAAGUGACAGAGAGCUCAUCUCCCUACAUGUCACCCGCACGGGGUGUUUCAGUGGUGGCGAAAAGCCUCCUCGGCUUGGCCCUAGGGGCGGGUGUGUGUUACUGCGCUUAUAGGGUGAUCAUGUCUGGAAGACACAGGAAGAAGGAGACGGCGCGUGUGCCGGACAGCAGCCUCCUGGAGAGAGUGUCCGGUAUAUCGGUCCUAGCAAGUGUACAGGGAAAUAAUAAAGAGAACAUCAUUGCAGAACCUGCAAGUAAUCUGGAAUCACAUCACCUAAAAUCACUACUUAAAAUUCUUUUAACAAACUCUGAGUCUUCCGUUCAAGAGUUGGCUUUGGUUACUCUCUGCAACAGUGCAGCAUUUUCUGCAAAUCAUGAUAUCAUUCGAAAUUUGGAUGGUGUUAGAAUUAUCCGUGGAUUCCUUUCAGACCCCAAUCCAAAAAUAAAAGUGAACGCUUUGAAUGCACUCAACAACCUGAGUAUGAACCUGAAAAACCAGGAACAAAUAAAGGAGUUCAUCACUGAAAUAUGUAAGGAUAUCACAACAUCUCCACUGAAUUCUGACGUCCUGCUGGCUGGUUUAGGACUUGUUAUUAAUAUGUCGGUCACCAAUAACUACCAUGUCAAGAUGGUAGACUAUAUCCCCAGCUUUCUCCGUAUACUGGUGGAAGGAAAUGAAAUUACACAGAAAUACACAUUAAAGGUUCUUGUGAACAUGUCUGCGAACCCGUUAAUGACCACUCCUCUACUCGCUAGUAAGGCACAACCAUCAAUGACCUCUCUCUUCGGCAGCUGCAUGAAUAGUGAUAUUCUCAUCAGAGCGCUGACAUUCACAGCAAAUCUAUUUGAGAAUGUAGGAAGAGAACAACACUGUCACUACAAUAAUGACUCAUUGUAUGCUCUUCUGUUUGGAGAUCCAUCUCUUUUCCAGAGAAAUCUGGAACCAUUAUUACUUCAUCCUGACAUAGAAGUAAAACAACAAGUCUCUAGACUUUACUUUAACCUUCCAAGACUGAAACAGUUAUAACCAACUUCAUAUUGUGUGUGAAUGCAUUCUUGUUCUGAAUAGAUUUUUCUCUAACGUCCUAGUGGAUGCUGGGGACUCCGUAAGGAC